AUGGCUGGGAGAGCUAAUCCUUCAGUAAUUAUACUAGGUCCUACAGGGGUGGUAGCAUUUAACCUUAAUGGAUAUCAAAGUCAAGUAACUGUCGAGGUUAUGUUGAAAUCCUCGCAGAUUGGUCUUCAUGCAAGUAGCGCUUGGUUAAGUACAAACAUUCGAUAA